AUGACACUCAGCAACUUCUCCGCCAACCUCGAGGGUUUCCUUACCCGGGUCGAAUCAGUCAACAGCGUGCUCAUUGACAUCAGUCGCACCAAGCUCUACAACGAGGCAGUCGCCAUGCUCCACAGCAUCGCCGACGACAUUCAGCAUUCCCGGUUCAGCAACUCUCCAUCGCGUGCCCCCAUUACACCCGCUGAGAUUGGAAUGGCCAACAACAUGGUUUCCACACUUCGGUCCCAGGCCCGUAUCCUCUCAUCGCAUGCCGACGAUGGAUAUGGCGUUACUGCAUCGCUUCAUGGCCUCGUUACUGGAGUCCGAUCAAACCCUACAUUUGGUACUACUGACCCUGAUAUCACCCCUAAUCCGACCCCCGGAAGGACCCCUAUUGACUGA